AUUUAGUAAUUUUUUAUUAUUGGAUUGGGCAUUUAAUUUUAUGAAUACAAUGAAAAUAUUCUUUAUGCCUAACUUUACUGCAAGGAUGUUAACAUUUUAGAACUUAUACACUAGUAAUUGUGUGGUAAUGAUAUUAUUGAUACUAAAAUAGCAUAAAGCUGUAUCCUUGUCACCUCACUCCAUUCAAGUCCAGUUAAAAAAAAAUCUACAAAAUCGACAAUGGCAGACGCAAAGCAAGGUAAAUCACCAAUUGAAGACUUCUACAAUGGGCCAUCACAAGCUAGAGUGGUUCUGGCAAAGCCUAGACUUGGUGGUUUUGGUUCGUCCAACUCAGCAUCAAGUUCUAAUAAACCAUGUAAUAAUCCAUUUGGUUCCAUUUUGCGCCCCUCUCAGCUGAAACCUGGUAACAAUCCAUUUUUGAAAGUUAAUGAAGCAACUGAAGAUACUCCUGAGGCUACUAAAGAACCAGAGGAAACUUCGGAUGAAGAGGGAUUAGAGGAAACCAAACAAGAACCCGAACCACCUAAGUUUGUGCCACUGGGUUCUGCAAAUGUUACUCCACGGACCAACACAGCUGCACCCCCAGCAGUACAACCUGCUCCAAGUUCUUCAGGAUUUGUAUUUGGUCAAAAUUUAAGUGAGAGAGUUGAAUUGAAGGAAAACAUCAACAAUGGUGAGGCUUCAACCACAGAUCACAGCUCCUCCAAUGGUGCAACAGAGUUAUUGUUUACCAGUGCUGCAGCAUCUGUCAAGGAAAAUCAGGAGGACAGUAAUCAAGGCGAGCCGUCGAGUGGCGACGGGCUGGCGGCCGCGGCGGCCGAGUACGAGCGCUCGCACGCGCGCCCGCCGCCGCCCACCGCACACUUCACUAUCACCGGCGAGGAAGGCGAAAUAAAUGUCAUGCAGAUAUCGUGUCGUUUGUUCGCCUGGGAAGCGGGCAGUUGGCGUGAGCGGGGUCGUGGCGUGCUGCGACUGAAUGACGCGCCGGCUGGCAGUGGCGGCGCCGCCAGGCUCGUCGCCAGGGUGGCGGGCUCCCUGCGCGUCGUACUCAAUACCAAGCUGUGGCCCGACAUGGUCGUGGAGCGGGCCGGUACUAAGUCACUUAGAAUCACCGCCGUUGAUGCUCAACAGCAGAUCAAAUUGUUUCUUAUAAUGGGUGCACCCGGAGAUAUAGUUCAGUUGUACAGGGCUCUCACGGCCCGAGUUUCUAUGAGCAAGCGUUCGACGUCAUCUAAUACAGGUUCACAGAACGCCACCUCACAAAAAGCCGCUGAAAGGUUGGAGGCGGCCGCUGACGAGGAGGAUUACCUUGGAAAACCCGGUGAUGAUGAACAAGAUGACGCCGUUGACGACAUCGCUCUCGAUGACGAUGAUGAUAAUGAACCUGCUAACAAUGAGAGGCUAGAAGCUGAUCAUGAUGAACAAAAGACUGAAGAACACGAGUCCAACGUAGACGGCAUGAAGCCGGACAAGGAAAACAAGUCACUGAAGCGGAAAGAACCGGCGGAGGACGAGACGUCGCCCAAGAGACAGUGCCCCGAGAUAUUAAUAGAGUGAUAAUACUGUAAUGAUGUUAAACAACAUGUUGUAUAAACUUUUGUGAAGUAAAUGUGGACAUGGUUCAUUUGUUCGACAUCUGCUGAAGGCUCUGGGUUCAAAUAGAAAUCUUUAUGUAAAUGUAACUAAUAAUAGAUAAUGUGUAGAAAUAUUUAUGAUUAAAUUAAUAUAGCAUUUUACAACAUUGUUGAUUAUUACUAAUGGAGGUUCCAUUUCUAAUAAUUAUAGCGACCGCACAUGCAUUUGAGAAAUAGUUUGAGUACAAAGUAAAGUGGCCGCAGUAUUACAUUAUGUGCUAUGUAAACAGCUCAAAAUUCUGUUCUCACAUUCCAAUCGUUGCAUGCGAAAACAAAUGGUUGUUUAGCAUGUUCGGCCAGAGCUGAAUACCAAAUACAAUACUGAUGUGGUUUAUUUUCUGAUAGAUUUUUAAAUAAACUAUUUCGCAAUAGAA